UGAUAAGUAUACAGAUUGUUGGGACUAACACGUUUUUCACAUGCUAUAGAGCUGACUUGAUCAAUCGUUUGUAUGUUCAAAUCUCCACGUUCCCAAUAUUAACAGUUGAUCAAUAACCUACAAGACACGGUAGGACUGUCCAAAUCUCAAGCACACGAAUCGAUUUUUAUUUGAGAAAGUGUAUAAAAAUAAUCGGGGAUAAGAAUUGCCUUUUACUAUUAUAUAUUUGGAUCUAAAACACAACAACAAAUGAGUUUUAGUCUAAUUGAAAAUAUUUUUAUUAUAAUAAUGACAAUGUCUCAAGUUCAAAUCACAUCGACUACCACUUAAAUAUUUUAUGUCCUCGUACGCAAACUACUACAUGAUACAUUUCACAAAUUUUUAAGGUAUCCCGCUGCUGCAUAAUUUUUUUUUAUACUCAUGCACAAACUAUUUUCGGAGGUUGGAUAAUCAUUUUUCCAAAUUUUAGAGGUGUCUCCAUAGAUCCGCCAUUGAGUAUGACCAGAUAGUAUGAUUCUUUUCAUAUUUAGCUCCAAAUUCGUUUAGCUAUAAACAUAUUUUUCAAAUUUUGUAUUUUUCAAAUUCUAAAAAAAAACGUAUUUUUCAAAUUUCGUGAUGACGUAUUUUCAUUAAACUUAUACAUGAAGCAGGGGCGGACCCAGGGGGUUUUAGGGGUGUCCCCGGACACCCCUAAAUUUCGGAAAAAUGAUUAUCUAACCCCGGUGGUAAUUUACGUAUAGAAAAAAAAUAUAAUUGAUAGUGAGGGACGCCCCUGAAAUUUGAAAAAUGAUUAUCCUACUGUCAUUUGUGUAUAAAAAUAUAAAUGGUAGGUUGGAUAAUUCAAAUCUAGAACACUAUUUUUAUUAUUAAUAAACUUAAUUUCCGUUGAGCUACAACUCAUUUGUUUUUCGAUUUUGAACAAUGUGUAAUAGUAAAAAGUCAUUCUAUAUCUCUAAUUAUUUCAAUCUAAACUAAUUUCAAUCUAGCCUGAAUUUGUAUUGAUUUUAUGAUUGUACGACAAGUGUUGAAGAGUCUUUCAGCUUUGGGUUACAUCAAGAACAAGUUUACAAAUCGAAUAUGCGAUAAGUUCCUGAAUGAUUGGCUAGUAGUGUAUAUGGAGAAUUUUUUUUUAACACUAUAAACACCAAGUGUAUUCUACAAUUAUUUUCGAAUAUGAAAACACAUCAUGGACUUUUUUAACCUGUACGAGUAAGGUAUUUUCAUAUUUACGAUUUUAUAUUUUGUUAAUUAUUUUUAUUUAAUUUAUUUUUUAAAAGAGGACACCCUAUAAAAAAUUUCUGGGUCCGCCGCUUACAUGAAGUCCAUCCAAGAUUUCCAGCCUUCAGAUUCUGCAUACAAGAAAAUGUCAAAAUGUAACAAGAUAGGAUAUCAGGAAAAAAAAAAAAAAGGAUCAACCGUCCUCAUAUGAAAUAAGGAGGAAAAAAACAAGACGGUCCUUUGAUCAUUUCGUCGCCAGCCGUUCAAAGAUUCACUGUUUAUUACAUGACAACAACGAACGAGAGUCGUGAGGGUCGUAAUUCCUGCACAAUCAUGUUAGCAUUGCCGGCACGGCAUGCAAGCUCAACGACAAUAGUAUUCCUACAAAACUAAACUUGAAGAAUUACAUCUGAGGUUACGUACGUCUACGUACCUACAGCUCAUGUGACUAUAUAUAUAGAUAUAUUGGCACCUACAUAGCACGUACAGUUAAACACGUUGAACAACGUAAUUACGAGCUAGCAGAUCGAUCGAAGUUGAUUAGAUCGAUCGAGCUGAUCAUGGGGAAACAUUCUGCGAGUGCGUUUGUAUUACUAUUAUUAUUAUUAUAUAUAGCUGCAGCAACCGGAGAUGGUGAGUUCCCGCCGGUGGGGACACCCUUGUGCAGCCAACAAGUGUACACGGCGGCGGAUAGUUUCGCCGCCGACAUCGAUUUAGUUCUCAAGGACCUGCCCGGGCUGGAUUCCGAGUUCCUGCCCACUAUCGACGUGAACGUGUACUCUCCCAAUCACCAUCAUCCUGUGGCUUACGGGCAGCGGAUAUGCACCGACGACAAGAAGAUUGGCGUCAUAUGCGAGCCGUGUUUCGCCGACGCGCUUAGCGGCCUGGUGACCGACUGCCGGAAUAACCACCUGGCUGGCGGUCAGAUAACGCUCAAGAGCUGUUUCAUGAGAUGUGAUCUCUUCACCCUUCUUAAUCAAGCAAGAGGACAGAUAACGUACUCAGCUCAGCUAAUGGGCUCACGAACUACACUACUGGGGAUUUGUGGGCUAGAUUCCUGGGCUGGGCCAAUUUAUACUGCAUGGACGGGGAGAAGGCCCACGUGAACUUGUUUGGGUAGUGCCUUCGUGGCGUGGGAUGGAGAAAAGCGGCCCAAUAGUAGGAGCUAUUUAAUUGGUUGAGUUAUCAUCAACUUGUAGUUUUCUUUUGCUUACUCCAACUCAAUAAUCCGAUGAUUAUAGCUAAGUGCCUCAUAAAAUGUGUUAUUAUUCGGAAAUCAUGCUUUGUAUGAUGGAUGAUUAUUUUUGUUUGAAUACAUUACAGGUAUUUGAUUGCUAGAGCUAUUGCUUGUUGCUAACUCUAUAACAAAUUUGAUAGUAUAGUAUAGAGUUGGACUUGUUUUUUUUUUUUUUUUAAUACCUUAUUUUGGCCCGAACUAUGACCAUGUAAUCAACUUUGACCCGUGGUUUCAGAAAUUAACAUCAUGGCCUCAACUAUGCAGCAUAUAGACUCAAUUGGCCCGACACAUAGUUUGACUGUCAAUUUAGACGGUCAACUCCAUUGACCGUUAGUCAACACGCCAUGUCAUUGCCUAGUCAGCCUAGAAUUUUCCCCACCCAUUGAUGAGACAGAGGCCCUAAGAAAGAUGAGAUAGAGGCCCAACGGUCACGGCGGUUGGGCUUGGCUUAACGGAUGCCCUCUCAUCGGCUGAAUGUGACUCGAAGGGAGCGUCUAUGGGCAUUUGUUCUAUAUAAAUCUGGAGUCUUGAUGUUGGUACCGGUCUUGGUAGUUUUAUUUCGUGUUUGUAAAACCGUUUCGUAUUUUAUAUUUUGAUUGGAAAAUUUUCUAAGAGUAAUUUUAAGUUGAUAAGUAAUCUUAAGCGAUAUGAACGGUUGAAGAAGAUUAGGGUUUGUUUGAGUAAAGGUCCAGCUUUUCCCUCGAUUAUGAAGAUUAGCUAGGGUUCGUUCCAAAUGAUAUUCAAGUGUUAGCGUGUGAAGACAGAGAGGGAAAUUUUUUUAAUUUUAUUUGAGGUCUUGAUGUUCGUAUCAGUCUUGCUUCUAGUUUUAUUAUUUGCUGUGCUCUUUCCGAUUGGUUGGAGUAAAGCUCCAGCUGCUCCCACGAUCACGAGGAUAAUAGUUUUAAUUAAACCAGAUUCUAGUACAAGUUGGGCUUGCAAGUUGAAGUUGGUGGUUGGGUCACUCCACUUUAUAUUGAUGCUGAUCAGUGAUCACACAAGUUGACACCCAUUUGUCGGCUAAUCGUGUACGCUAAUAAUACACAAUGGCGGCUCCUAUUAUAUAUGGGAGACUUUUAUUGUAAUACUAUGAUAAAACUAGCGGUAUUACAUAUUUUGAAUUAACUGGAUUUUGUGGUGGAAAAUCUACAUUAUAGUGAAGUUCAAAUCCUAUAUUUUUAAAACUUUUAUCAUCAUAGAUGUUACUGCUAAAAUGGUUUCAAAAACCCGGUUAAUUCGGUUUAAUUUAACCUGAUCAAACCGUUUUCCCACCCCUACCAUAUUUGGGUCAGACUCGUAUGCACCAGUUACUCCUGGUGAGAUAUAUCUAUCUAAAUCAUGGACUAAAUCGAGGUUGGGGCAUGAUACUAUACGAUACCCUAACUUCUAAUGGAUUAACCCUAGGCCUUGAUUCUCUCAAUCCAAACUCGAAGUUCAAUUGAAGAUAAAAACAAUAAUUGACCGUCCAGAUUAAUCGGAAUCAUAGAUAGAUAUCACUAGAAGUAUGUAGAGUAUUGUAUACUCCACUGAGUAUAGCAGUCUUAUCCACAUAUAUGUAUAUUACAUAUUGAUGCGAGUAAAGUUGGUUAUGAGUGGUUGGAGUAAAAUUAUAUAGGGUGCGUGAUCAAUUCCACGUUACGUUGAAUGCUUAUCGGAUCGGUGAGGUAGAGUCUUCUGUUGACAAUUGACGUUAAGUGUUCUCCGAUUGAAUAAGUACCAGGUAGGAAGAAUAUACACUACCUAAGUCUUAUCUACCGGGCCAGAUUUACCCAAAUAAAUGUGGGUGGAUAGUGGAUAUUGGAUAUGGAGCCUCAACUCAACUGGGCUGUUUUUUUAACUGGAUAUAUAGAUAUCAGGACAACAAAUCGAUCCUUUUGGUGGACCCUGUAAUUAACAGCUGGCCUUGUUUGGCGCAAGGAGGAAUGACGAUCCAGUAAGAAUCGAGAACACCAACAACUAGGCCGGCAAGUUGAUCCAUUCAGUCCAGUUGCGGUAUAUAAUAAUAAUAAUAAUAAUAAUAAUAAUAAUAAUAAAUGUACGUGCGGAAAUAGUGGAGAUGCAUACACCUUCAAAUUCAAGGUUGUCAACCCGCAGGUCGACCCACGGGUUGACCCAUUUUGACCCUGAUCCGAUGAGAAAAACGGGUCGCACGCACCCGACGGGUCGACCGCCACAAGGUACCGGGUUGAAGGUCAAAUUGUGUCAUUUUUUUCUUUGGUUUGCGAAAUGCGCCUAUUUUCCGAUUUUUCUUUUCGCCUAUCUCAAUCUUUGGAAUUCUAAGUUGAACAUUUGAAUAUUAAUGUUGUAUAAGUGUGUGUGAAUUUUCACUAUAUGUUGAAUCUAAGUACGAAAUGUUAUUUUGGUGUAAUAUUAUAUGUUAUAACUCAUAUGUUAGAUGAGAUUUGAUAUAAUUUAUCAGGAUAAGUACAAUAUAGUGACGCUUUCCAUAUUUCCGGGCUAAACCGGGCUAAAACGUGUGACCCAUUAACCCGUGACCCACUAGCUCAACCGGGUCCGGGUCAACCCGCGGGUUGACAACCUUGUUCAAAUUCCUCGGCUCCUCUACUCCUCUUCGUCAUGGACGAUAUAUUAACAGUACUAUCGUCUAUCUAUCUAUCCCCCACAUAUCGCAUAUCGGCAUCUAAUCUUCCUCCCGUUCCUCGUCUUCGUCAUCCAUUGCGUAGGUCUUAUUCAUAUUAUAUAACUUGUGUAUUUCCCCAUCCAUUUCGGCAAUCUAACUCCUGAGCAUGGGAGUCGACAUGAUACUAUAGCGCGCAGCGGCGGCGGAUCCAGAACACAAUAACGCACUGGGCCGCAAUUCAUUAGAAAUUAGAUAUCGUAAAAAGGAUAAUGGAGUCUACAUCCAUAGCAAUAGUAUGCUUUGUUUCAAAUAAAAUACUUGAGCAACCGAGGAGUAAUUCAUCGCUCAUUUUUUUGGGCUAUUCAGUUUUCACAGUUUCAUUGUUGAUAAGGUUUUGGCCGUAGUAGCUGUGGAAACGGACAACGUCAACACUAAAAUCAACCGACUAAUCAAUUUCCAUUAUGUGUCCAUCCCUAUAUCCAACAGCUGCUCUAGUAAAUUUUCAAUGGAAUA